AUGAUUAAGAAACUCCCACUCCGAGGGUGCAUGUAUGGAAAAUAGAAAUAUAUAACUGCUGGGCACCCGAAACAAGAAAAGAGAAAAACAUCACCAAAAUGACAAUGAUGGGAAAGACAUUAUUGUUAACAUUGUUAUUACUGUCCUCAGUUUUCUCAAUUGCCUCAUCAAGAAGAAGACAUUCCAACAACAACAACAUAGAUUGGUGGUGCAACCAAACCCCAUACCCCGAGCCAUGCAGAUACUACAUAAAACACAGCCACUACCAACACAAACAACUCAAACACAAAUCCGAAUUCCGCACAAUUCUAGUUCACUUGGCCUUGGAGAGAGCAGUGAUCAUGCGAAGGAAAGCACGUGAGUUGGGGGGAAACGGUGUCACCAAGAAGCAGAAAUCAGUGUUCCGUGAUUGUUUGAAGCUCUAUGACAACACCGUUUUCCAUCUAAACCGCACCCUUGAAGGCCUUCACGUGAAGACAAGCUGUUCACCCUUCGAUGCACAAACGUGGCUCAGCACGGCUCGCACAAACAUUGAAACAUGCCAAAACUGGGCCUUAGAACUUGGUAUUCGAGAUUCCAUGGUUCCCGCUGAGAGAUGCAAUCUGACUGAGAUUAUAAGCAAUGGCUUAUUCGUGAAUUGGGCUUUCCUGAAGUACAGAGAGGCUCAUUACACAGCAGAUGCAGAAGAAGAUGCAUUAUUUCCAAGAUGGUUUUCGAUGCAUGAGAGGAAGCUGUUGCAGUCAUCUUCAAUAAGGGCACAUCUUGUGGUGGCUAAAGAUGGUUCGGGGCAUUUCAGGAGUGUCCAAGCUGCUAUCAAUGCCGCGGCAAGGAGAAGGUUGAAGAGCAGGUUCAUUAUACAUGUUAAGAGAGGAGUUUAUAGAGAGAAUAUUGAGGUUGACAAGACCAACGAUAAUGUUAUGUUGGUCGGUGAUGGCAUGAGAAAUACCAUAAUAACAAGUGCCAGGAGCGUUCAAGCUGGUUAUACCACCUAUAGUUCCGCAACAGCAGGAAUUGAUGGUCUUCACUUCAUUGCACGUGACAUUACCUUCAGAAACACGGCGGGUCCUCUGAGGGGUCAAGCAGUGGCACUUCGAUCAGCCUCUGACCUCUCCGUGUUCUAUCGCUGUGCGAUUGAAGGCUACCAAGACACCCUCAUGGUCCAUGCACAACGACAGUUUUACAGAGGAUGUUACAUAUAUGGAACCGUUGACUUCAUAUUUGGCAAUGCUGCUGUUGUUUUCCAAAACUGUGUGAUUCUUGUAAGAAAACCCUUAAAUGGGCAAGCAAACAUGAUCACGGCCCAAGGUCGAGAUGAUCCAUUUCAAAACACUGGCUUUUCAAUUCACAAUUCUCAGAUCAGGGCUGCACCAGACCUCAGGCCCAUUGUUGGAAAAUUCAACACCUUCUUGGGCCGGCCUUGGCAACGAUACUCGAGAGUUGUGGUCAUGAAAUCUUUCUUGGAUAGCCUGGUGAGCCCAAGGGGUUGGUCUCCAUGGGGAGACUCUAAUUUUGCAUUGAAUACUCUCUAUUAUGGAGAGUACAGGAACUUUGGGCCCGGUUCUUCCACCAGAAACAGGGUACGAUGGCCCGGUUUUCAUAGAAUAAGUAGCCCAGCUGAGGCAUCACGAUUCACAGUUGCUAACCUCCUUGCCGGCCGCACGUGGUUGCCUGCCACUGGUGUGCCAUUCACUUCUGGCCUUUGAUUAUUGUCUUAUGCUUAAUUACUAAUUUGAUGAUAUUCAAUUGGUUGGAAUUAAGUUAUGUUGUAGUUUGUUUCUACAAGCGACACAAUAUUCUUUUGUACAUUCCAAGACAAAAAUAAUAAAUUAUGAAUAAAUAAUACUUGCAAACU